GAACCACGUACAAAAUCGUUGACAGAUAUAAGCGCCUCUGCCUAUAUAAUUAAGAAACUCGGGUCGAUUUUCUAUACAUCAACAUAUCCUUAUAAUAUAUACUGUCAGUCUCAUUUAGUCCUGUCAGCUGGUGAAGGGGAGAGUAGAACGAUAAAAAUGUCGUUCGCUGAGAAAAUAUCAUCGAUUAUGCAAAGACCAGGACAGGACCCUGUUGCCAAGGACGAUGUACCUUGGUGGAUGAAAUAUGCUGGUCGAGGACUUGGAACUGUGGGUAGUAUAAUUGCAAUUUUUCUUGGAGUAUGGAAUUGUGCAUCGAUAUUAUUGGGUUCUGUUGAUUGUCUAAUAAGUGGUAUGUGGCAAAUGGUGGCUGGUUUUAUAGUUAUAAUGAUAGAAGCACCAUGUUGCUGUCUAUUUAUUGAUUUUGUACAAAACUUAAGUGAUUGGGUUGAAAAGAGACCUUAUUGGAAUAGAGCAGUUGCAUAUUGUUUAAUAGCACUUCCUUCAGUCUUCCUUUGUUUAGGAAUGAGUAGUCUAUUUGGCAGUGGUCUAAUAUUUGCAACAGGUGUAAUAUAUGGAUUAAUGUCACUUGGACGAAAAGCACCUUUCCGUGAAAUGAGAUCAGCAGCGACGAAUAUUGAGGUUCCUUCAUCGAGUAUGCAAGCUACACUUGUUGAAAAUGCUCAACCAAUGGGUUUUUCCAAUAAACCAGAUAGUAAUAUUUAAAUUUAAAGAAUUAAUUGGCAAAAAAAAAAUUUUGGUGUGAAUGGCAAUGAAUGUUGAUUUGAUGAAAUAACUAAUAACUGAGCUCAUAAAUAUGUAUUAUUUGAAAUAUUAGUUCCAUUAAUAUUUUAAUAUUUCAUCAUUUUCAGCUUAUGAUUCUAUAAAUUGUUAUAUUAUUUCUGUUGAAAUAUAAGUAAAAUAACUCAUUCUUUUUUUUAAAUAAUUCAUAAUUUAAUUUCAGUUGUGAAAUUUGACAUUAGGAUUAUAUUAAUGUAAUAUUAAUAUAUUAUUUACUAAACUAUUAUUAUUAUUUAUAAAAAUUAUAUGAUUUUAAUUUGUCAUUUGAAAUAAUGCCAAAGUUAAAGACUGCUAUAAAAAUUAUAUUCUGAAAUUAUGGGCUCAGUUUUUUGUGAUCCUACUUGUCUAAUGUGUGUCAUAAUGUUCCAAUAAUGAAAUUUACGAUGAAAAAAAUAAUCCUAUGUUAGUUGAUUUUGGAUGUAGUUAUCUUUAAAUUUUGUGUUUUGAGGUAAUAAAUUGUAAUAUUUUCAGUUAAAAUAACUCUUCCAAAAUCAAAAUAUCCUAAGACUUUGAAACUGAUCAUUUAUAAGUUAUAGAAGAUUAACGAGUCACAUGUUAGCUUUAUCUUUACUUAUUGUUUAUAUAAUAUAAUUGAACACAAAAUAUCUGGCCAUCUGAGUAUUUUGUAUCUCAUUAAUUAACAUAUCAUUUUUCAUUCUAUUGUAUUUUCAAUCAAUUAGAUUAUCACUAUAAAUAAAUUUCGAGUUAUUUUUCUUUUAUUAAUAUAUUAUUUCAUAUAAAAUAUACUGAAUACCAAUAUGGCUGAAUAGUUUUGUGACUAUUUGUAUAUUUGGAGUAAGUCAUAUAGUUAGAACAAUUUCUUUUUUUUUCAUUCUUUUAUCGUUCAAGAUAAAUUGAUUUAAGAAAAAAUAAAAUAGUUUAAAUUAUUCAAUUAAACAUAUAUUAAAUUAUUCAAUCAAACAAAAUUGUAUGUGUAUUCUUUUUUCAAAUUGCUUUAUACAUUUUUUUAUAUAAAUUAAUAUUUUUAUUUUACAAAUAAAAUUUGUAAUAUUUUGUGAUAUUCAUUAUUUGAAUUUUAUUUAAAAAAAUUGAUAUUUGAUAUAUUAAAAUUUAUUGUGUAAUUAAAAAAACAAUUAUUGUUUCAUUGUUUUAUAAUUUGUAUCACUUUUAUUAUUUUUUUCAUCUUGAACGGAAAGAAAGUAUGAAUUCUCCUGAUUGUAUUGUAUGAAUUAUUGUAUAUUCUUCUCUCUGCCAAAUUUGUAAAUAUACAUGUAUACAUAUAUUCAUAUGUUGGAAAUGAUUUUUAAUUAUUUCGCAUAUAAUAUUUAAAUUUAUAUCUACUUCCAUAUAUUCUUAUAUCUGAAACUUCCAAACUUAAUUUUUUAUAUUUUAAAUUUAAUUUUGUAAUUAAAUAUAAUAUAAGGCAGAGAGAAUUCAUAAUCAGUUAUAUUAUUAUAUUUUACUAUAUAGUUUUUAUUAAAAAUUUUAUGAAAAUAUAAUUAGAUAACAUUCUGAUUAUUUUAAGAAUAUUUAUAUUAUUCUAUACAAAAUUUUAAUCAGAAUCAAAUGUAUUAAUGAUUUUUUGACAAUUUUUAAAAUUUUUCCCUGGUAAAUCAAUAUCAUGUAUUUUUAAUCGAAUAAGCAUUUAUUUCUUAAUUGAAA